ACCCACCUUCUUGGUCUCGACCGCCUCACGUUUUCCAUACACCAUCCUCCAUCUCUUCCACCACUCGUCUCUCUACUCGACUUAACCCUCCCCUCUUCCAUCAUGUGCAACUACAUCUAUAAGGAGCUCAGCUGCCAACACCACUACCACUUGGUAGAGUCUUGGUGCCCCAAGUAUAUUGAGACUGAGCGAAGGUGUCCCCCCACCAUCGUGAGCAAGCAGUACUGGGGCGAUGACAUUUGUGCCGCAUGCCGCGAACGUCAGCAGCCAAGCACCCAUCCUUGGGCCAAGCUCAUCCAGCGACCUGAAUCUCGCAUGUCAUAUACUCCGCAGCUCUCGGCACAAUGAGAACGUCCCUCCGCGCAGGUCGGAAUAUCUCGACCCUCUACGCUCUCCGCCGCUACCCGACCUGCGAUAUGAUACCCAACGAAGCGGCUAAGACACGUCCCGACGCGGACCCCCCCACAUGUCGAUUUCGAGCAUAACAUGAAUCCACCUUUUCCCGGGCGAUU